UUUGAAAACUCACGCUUGAAUUAUAAAUUUCAAGUCGUACGGAAUCGAGUUGUGCGGGAUCGAGUUGUGCGUGAGAGGGUUUCUAGUUCUUGUCAGGAAUAUAAUUUGAAGUUAGAACAAAAUAGAAUGCCGAUUUGGAAUCGUGUUAAAAACGAUUGCAUUAAUUCAAUUUGCGGUGAAGGCCUUGAAGAACCUUGAUGAAAUCAUCGCUUGACUGAGACGCAAUCGAAAAAAUAUUACCAUUGAUGAAGGCCAUCGUUGGCGUUUUUGAGAUAACCAAAGAAUGUCCCACAGUCCUCCUUACAACUAUAUGGACGGUGUACCGGUGAAGAUUUCAGAGCGUUUCAAGCCUCCUCCGAAAAUUACACUUCCACAGAGUGUAAUUAAUCGACUGAAUUUAGUUCAACAGCAACAUAGCCAGGACGGCCCAAGUCGGUUCAAUCUUGUUUAUGAUUUCGAGCUGGAAGAAACGGUUCUCAAAAGAACUAGAGAAUGGAGAGCGUUUCGGGAAGUACAACGCUCCGAGAGGAACGAAAGGAUUCGCUUGAAAGAAGUUGCUAAAACUCGUCUUGCGGAGGAAGAACAAAAGCGUAAGUUGAACCAAAUAUGCUACCCUAAUACCGAUGAGCUGUCCAGUGCAAGCGAGGAGGAGGAAGUAUCGGAGGACAACGAUGAGUCACUUCCGUCGGGUUCUUCCGAAGAACGAGUUCAAGAACAGUGUACAGUCGCAUCUUCAGUUAUCCCUAGUCUUGAUAAUCAAUACAACUAUCCAAAUAGAUAUGAUUCUAUUUUAGUACCAACAAUUUUGCCAGAUACUACGGCUAGGGCUAGGGUUAAUAAUAUCGAAAACGUUAAUGAUUCAGUGGUGCCUGUUAAAUUCAACAUUCCAAAGAGCACUAGUGUAUUCAAUAAUAAUAAUGGGUUCAACAAAAUUAACUAUUCGGACUUUGAAAAUGAUACCUCCAGUCCUUUCGACAAUAUGGAACUAAAAACUAUUAACGAUCUAGACAUUCUAGCGCAAGUUUUAAAUUUGAACGUUUCUACUUCCGGUUCAGAGAGAAGCCCUGAAGAAAAUAACGAAAGCAAGCCUGUCAGUCAAAAUCAAGCUUCUAGUCUCAACGUUGAAAACAAAACCGAACAAUCGCCUACUAAUCCGACUACGGUGGGACAACAGAGUUUCAAUCAAGGUCAACAACCGCAAUAUCAAACUCAUCCAUAUCAAAUAACAACCCAGCAACAGCCAAACCCUUCGGCGAAUGAUUACUACAAUAAUUUACACCCACAGUAUGGCAAUUAUGGCCAGCAAUAUGCCCAAAUAUCUACAUCUCAAGCACAUAAUUAUCCCGCUCAGUACAGUGCAAACUUCCAAGCCCAAGCUCCCCAACAAUCUCAGUACCAUUUGUACAACCAGCCAGCUUCGAACGUGUCUUCGACGUAUAACUAUUUCCCGUAUAGUACUUUGUAUAUGAAUAAGCCGGCAACUACCAGCGUUAGUUCGUUUUAUUAUCAACCGAGAGCAGAACCAGUAGUGACAGCCACGACAACGACCACUACCGCCAGUGGCCACCCUCAGCAGAUGAAUCAAAUUCAACAGCAAGAUUUGUCUGCAGCUAUCGGAGGGAUGGGAUCCAAAUCCAAAAGCGUUCCUGAUAUCAUUCGGCAGCUGGACGAGGACGUUAAAAAUUCUGCAUUACGCCGGACCAGAAAUAAUAGUCAAUCAUCAACCGCUGCAGGUGCAUCUGGUCAAAAAAAAUAUUCAGAUGUUUCUACAACUGAACCUGACUUUACCCAGUAUAACCAAUUGUCAUUAGAAGAACAGAAUCUUGCCAAACGGAUCAGUUCGAUGGGUUUUCCUCUGGAACGGGUUGUAUCGGUGCUAAAGCGGUUAGGAAAUGACGAUAAAAAGAUUGUAGAACACUUGAUACCACUAGGUGAGCUGCUAGAUUUGGGAUUCGACGAAGAAAAAAUAUCGGAAGCAUUGAUCCAGUACGAUAACAACAAACAUAAAGCUCUCGAUUUUUUAAUAUCAUAGUUUGCCGUGGUAGAGACUUUACAAUUUUGUGAUUUUGGAUGCUGUGCGGAGCAAAGGAAAGGUAAGAGAGUUUGUUAGAAUUUGGAGUCAAUGUAAACAAAUAAGCAUAUGUACAAUAGCUAUUUUGCUUUAUUAACAAGUCGGUAAAGACCUUAUUAUCUCACAUUUGCUUACCGUUAUAAGUCAAAUUAACUAUCGGAAUAACAAAUCGAUCGAUCGUUUCAUCACAAUUUACACAACUGACGGCAGCGCUUUGCAUGCAGCCUGUUGUCGAAUUGGAAAAAUGUGUACAUUCAGUGUAAAAAACUUACGCAAAAUACUAGGGUUAAUUUUUCUAGAGAGGGUGUACUAGAAAAUAUGAGAUGAAAAUAAUUGGGAACUUUACGAAAGGUAGUAAUAGGUAGAUUGACUGCUCUAAGUAUUUACAGAGUUUACUUUCGGUAUAGCUUUAGAUCGGACAAACGUUAUGAUUUAAUGUUUACAUUCAACUGAACACAGCGUGAAGAAAUGUGCUAUGGACUAUUCUCUGCAGGUUAUAUACACACCUUGAGCAACAUUAUAUUGUGGUCAAGGAGAGCAUGUGUAAAUGUGGAAUAUUAUCAGAAUAUUAUCCACCCUUGAAACACAAAAGCAUCGUAUUCAUAGGCUGAAUCAGAGAGUGUGAGAAUAACGUUCUCGCGCUAGAGUCGACGGAUAUUCUGAGAUAUGCUUUGCUUUUUUAUGAUGGAACAUAUUCAGCGGAAAUUGCUAACAAAUAAAAAUAUUAUGUUUAAGCUGUUUUGCUCACUUUUUCUAAGAAAUAUCUUCAGACGACUCCGAGAUUCUCUAGCACGAUUCAAUUUGUUGAGAACUUAUUGACCACCAUGCAUCGUGUUAAUUUGUUUCUUAUUUAUUCUCAGUUUAUGCAAUAAAAUACAAAACCACAAGAA